CUUUAGUAUAUGACAUUAUAAACACUAUUUUUUACAUUCACAGUACAGGACAUUUAAAAUUCACAGAGAAAAUCCAAGAACCUUUUAUCCUUUUGUAUUCAAUGACACCAUGGGCCUGGAGAGGGGCGCUGAGAGAGGAAUUCUUGUGGAAGACAUCAAACUUGCCAUGAGUGGACAUGUAAAAGAAGGUUACAGGUUCAACCCCAAAUGUCACUUGUUUGAAACGGAUUCUGACUACAACAGUUCUCCUACUUUAGAUGACAAAGUCCACAUACUGGUUUUAGUUAUUCCAGCUGACACAGUGAGCAUAAUCAGUGUUGAAACUCGGAGGAAGAUGAAAGAAGUCAGAGCAGCAGCUCGUGACAAAGGGAUCCCACAAAUAGCUCUCAUGACUAAAAUUGAUGAAGCUUGUCCUGAAGUCAAAAAAGACAUAAGGAACGCCUACAAGAGCAAGCACAUGAAUAAGCUGAUGGACACAGUGAACGUGGACCUGGGUAUUCCACUGAACUGCAUCUUCCUCGUGAAGAACUACCACAAAGAAAUUUACACGAAGGACAACAUGGAUUCACUGAUACUGUGUGCACUGAAAAAGAUCAUUGACUAUGGAGAGGACUACCUGAAUGACCAGAAUGAUCCAGAUGAUGUGUGAGGGGGAUAGAAAAAGGUGAUUUUGCUUCACCAUCAUUACAAUCACAGCCACACAAACAGUUAAUUUCACCAGAAACUUUAUCAAACUCAUUUUUUUCUUGUUCUUAUUUUAUUAAACUUUUUGUUCUUUUGCAAAUUAAAUCCAAAUAAACUUCAAAGAAAACUAAUACAUGUACUUUUUGUUAUUUACUGUAUGAAAAAUGACAGCUAUAUACCUGUAACCUGUUGCCUCCUGUGUAACUCAAAUAACUGAUUUCAAGUCUCGAUGUAAGACUGUCCUCUCUGAGUAAGUGAUUUCUUGUUUCCAGAACUGUAA